CCAAUCGGUUUGGAUUUGCCCGGCUGACCCUUUGCGGAUCGUCAUCAUCGGGGAAGUCAAGCGAGGACCCAAGUGCGAAGACUGCGGGAUCCAGCUGCAAGAACAUCAACGCAUUCGUGCCGUUUCGGAUUUCUGUACGGUGCGAGUUUUUCCGGUGGCUAGUUUGCAGAGUUCCCAACAGGCUGGUCGCAUCUACCAGAGCAUUUUGGUUCGACUGGCCGACGAUCUGUGCGAUCAACUCAAGUUAGGCUUUGAGUACGCUAUAACGGGGGUUUUCAACCCGUUGAAUCAACUGUACGACGCGUGGGCCGUGGCGGAGAUUCAAUAGACAUGGAAUCGGCGAUGGGCCUUUUUUGUGACCCGGAUGAGUGCAGAAAAACUAUGGACCGUAGUUCCAGCGAUGAUACAGAACAAUUUAUACCUGUGGACAUUUUCGUGCUGAAUGAUAUUGAGAAAAUUUCGAAGAUUGUUGAAUUUGACUCUUCAGCAGAAAUCGACCGGAAAUUUUUUGACAGUGAGAACAAUUUAACUGCUUCUCAGGGUUCACAAAAUUUAAAUGACAAUUAUGUGUUUAUGAAAACAGAACACGGAAGUGAACCUGAAAUGGACACACAAUCAUUGAGUCUAACGACUCCAGUUAGACAACUAGAGGAUGACAAAGAAGCAGUCAUUGAUAACACAAUACAUCCAACAAACAAUACUGAUUGUGGUAGAGAUGCUCAAGGUUGGUCAUUUUCACAGAUGCAAUCCACUUUCCAUCAAAUGAAUAGCCAGUAUUCGAGUCAAACUUCUAAAAGUCCCGAAAAAAUACCAAUACCUUUUGAGACCCAACUAUCUCAAAGUCAAAUGCCAAAUGUGAAAUGCAAAGAAGAAUCAAUGGAACAUUUGGAACCAAUGUAUCAAGAAUUAGCUGACAUACCGGAGUCUAUCCGUUCACUUUAUUCUUCGGUAACGGAGAAGUAUAGCGAAUUCUGCUACACCUACAUGCUAUCUGCCCAACUUUGUUCGAAGAUUGUGCCUACCAACUGUUAUAAUCACCUCAAACUUUGUCUUCUCCUGAGCAUAGCUUCAAUCCAGCAAAGCGCCUCGUCAGCACCAUUUCAUGUUAUCGGCCUAGGUCCGGACUCCUCGGUAACUCAGUUGAUCAUGAGAUCUAUCGGCAAGCUAGGUCGUCGGUUUACGAACUGUAUGGUGGAUGCCAUGGCAGGAGGCCGCGUAUUGGAGGAUAACUUCGUUGAGUGUGGCUCAACAACUCUAGCCCGAACCGGUGUGUGCUUUAUCGGAGACUGGUCGAUGCAAAGGCCGAGCAAUGCAACCACAAUACUGCGGGAGAUUGAAUCCGGACAGAUCAUCAUCGAAAACCAUCCCAUCACCUAUCCGCUGGAAUGUUCUAUCUGGACUUGCUGGAACUACACUCGCAAGGCGAAGCAGGAUCUGAGCGCACUAGUUAUGUUUUUAAAUGCCUUUGGAAUUCCUAUAGUUUUGCCUGAACAUCCGCCUGAUGAUUUGAUAGAUUUUAUUCUGGAAGGAUCUUUGUUGAACUACGAAGAAAGUAACGGAAAUCAACUAGUUCCAGAAACAGAUGUACAACAGCUGAUAGGAAUACUAUACUUCCAGGAAGUUAAUGUAUCAGAAGAGACUAGUAAACUGUUAAGCGAUUAUUUUGUCGUCACCAGGUCUCAUCUCCCAGAAUCCCUCACCCAAGCAUCCUUACUGGCCCUUGGAAAAAUCGCUGAAGCUCACGCUCGGCUAUGUUUUCGUUCCGAAACCAACCGGUUGGAUGCCGUUGUUGCAAUUUUAAUUUGUGAAAAGUUCAUUCAAUCGGUUUUCAACUGCCCCACCAAACCGACUUUACAGUGUGAUACCAACAUCGAAACGAUAGAGGACCUGGAGCAACACUUUCACCGUUUCAACGCUUGGCUGAAGGAGUUUCUUGGAACAACCGUCGGAUCGUAGGCUUUCUUUCUCUUCAUUAUUUUUAAUCAGAACUAAUUGUAAAUAAUCUUAAUUUAGUUUAAAUAAAAUCUACCAUUCCUUUUAGUAUCUCAAAUACGUCCUGAGCUGUUCGGAUUAUUCCAGAGGGAGGCAUCAGGAAUCCGUGGGUUCCCAAGUCUGGCAACUCUACUGUGUAGCUAUACUUAAUGCCAGCCUCAUACCGGGCAAACUGCACCGAAGUUCCCGAUCGUGGGUACAUCAUUUCGUUCUCGGCGUCCACCUUAUACACCGUAUGGCUGCCAGAACCUCGCAACGCUUCCACCGCAACGGCAGCCAUUUCGUGGACAUCGCUGUAGCGAGCUUCCUCUGUCGACCGUUUCUCCUCCGGGUAGCUAAUACUUUGUCCGUACGAAUGCAGCGACAGAUAAAUCUUGACGUUGCGACGGUCGCUCGUCAAAAACUUACUCAACGCCAGUGUUUCCGGUUCCGAGAAUGCCUUAUAGCCGGAGUAGUACUCGCUGCAGGUCGACUUGGAAGCACCUUCCGCGUUCCAGUGGUGGUCCCAGUUUCGGUUCAGAUCGGUACCGUAGCACUGUUGAUCCGAAUCAACCGUCAGCGUGCUCUGCAGAUUGAGCCAGUUGAGUCUGAAGAAAAAUUCUUUUAAUUGGUUUUCUGAUGCCAAAGUUUGUCUAAGGUAAAAAGCUAACUUACGCAGAGUUUAUAAUACCGGUGCUUUCGGUAUCCGGGUGCUUGGAACGGGUCUUGCGCCACAUUCGAUCAUAGUCGUGACUGUAUUCGUACCCAUCUGGAUUCAACACAGGCAAAAUGUACCAAUCCAUCGAUUUGAUGUUUUCCAACUCGGUGUCUGUAGGAUAAACAAACAAAUUACUCUAAAACACUAAGUAUCUUAACAUAAAUCUACCAACCGUUACUCGAGCUAGCCUUAGCAAGCAUAUCAAGGAUCCAGGUUGCAACACUUGGCCCGAUCCAUUCUCUCCCAUGCGCGCCUGCUUCGAUGAACACUGCACCCUUCUGACCUCGUUUUUUGAUCACAUGCUUACGGUUUUUGGUGUUUUUAACGCCACCUUUCGUUCGAACUUUGUCGAAAGAAAUUUUCACUACCGUUAGCGGUCUACCUUCGAAGCUUCUACCGAUAUGCACAAGGUCAACAUUCUUCGGAUACUUUCGUCCGAGGUAGCUCAUAAA